AUGCUAAAAGAUGUUCCAGGUGUUUUAUACCUUGGCAUUGAUGCUUUCCAUCUCCGUAAUGCCAGCCCUGACAAGCACAGUGGUUCAACAGACACUUUGCUUGUGGAUGGCACUGUCUGUCUGAAUGACAGUUACCUGCAAUAAAAAACAACGCAUUAUCUCGAUCCCUUGAAAUGAACUCAGAGCAGUAAUCUGCAAGAUGUACACUUGUCGCUCUUAAGUAUUUUUAUAGUUUUAAUUGUUCCCGUUUCUUGGAAUUUUUUGUUUAUUUGUUUUGGAGUUCGCCCCUCCAAAGUUUGAUACAGUCAAACAUGAACACUGCUUUACAGACACCCGCUUAAAACGGACACCUCAUUAUUACGGUCAGUUUACUUUGUCCCUUUUGACCUCUUUAGCUUCUGUGUUUUGUUUUCCCAAAACAGGUCAUGUGAUAAUACUCUAGAGAACUGUUCCUCUCUAGCCUGCGAAAACAUCCGUUUCUCCUCGCUCUUCGCCGCCGGGGACGUUUCGCGAGGAGGAACGUCUGCGACUCAGCGGUAGAAAUUCCAUGCUGAUGCAAUCCAAUGUUUACAUAAUAAAUGCAGUAGUCAUGGGGUCCAAUUACAAAUUCGUCCAAUUUUAUGUGUCUUCUGGUCGAUUUUGGUAAAGUGUUGUGUUCAUCUGCCAACGAGCUCCAGCAAAACUCAAAUGCUUCUUCGAGAGAAGACUAUAUUUCCACAAACAUUGACUGUUUUGUUAGAGAUUUUUCGCGUUUACAUUUCACCUUUGUGACCUUUUGUCUUUUGUCUGUCAUUCGUAAACAAUAGCUAAAACAAUGUAACUACUCCGUCGACCAAUCAGCGCUUCUGACCGGAUUCCGGACAGAUUUUACGUCAUCAGUUUGGAAUUUCUGUCGCUGAGUUGCAGACGUUCCUCCGCGCGAAACGUCCCCAUCGGCGAAGAGCGAGGAGAAACGGAUGUUUUCGCAGGCUAGUUCCUCUCAAGUUUUGUCUAAUUCACGUGCAUAUCUGCGCAUAAUUUAUGAAAAGACAAAGGGCCAAGUUCCCCUGGGACCUCUAUUGGAAAAGAAAACAUACAAGCUAAAGAGGUCUAUUCGAUCAGCCCGCUUUAUGCGGACACCCCGUUAAACUCCUGCUUACUCUUAAUGCGUGUCUGGCAACUUUGUGAGACCACAAGGGAAUACAAGCAAGUAAGGAGCUUGAAAAUUCAUAGUUUGCAGACCGAAACUUCCCUGAAAAUGCGUGCGAAUAUUAUAAAUUAUAUUCCUUAACUUUAAUUCUAUAGGCGUAGGUGAGCAGCGUCUGGUUUAAUCGAGGACUGGAGCAAGAUAAACACACAAUGCAACACAGGAGGUCUUACAAAAACCAAAGGGAAAAAAAAAACGCUCAAUACCUCCCACCCCACAUAAACAGCCAUAAUGAAUAAAAUGAGGUUUGGACUCUAAUAUCACUGCCAUUGGACAAACGCAAACGGCCUAUAAAAUUGCAAUAAUAAAUAUAUGAUCAUAGUUCAUUUUAUACGUGUAAUUUGAGUUUGCCGGCUUUUCACUUUGGCUUUGACUCAGAAUGUUUUAUAUUUCUUGUUAGUGUCCACCACGAAGGAAAAAGAUCGAGAAAAAUUCAAAAAUGCAAUGAAUGAAAACAACGCAGUUCGAGGCAUCAUGCCGUUGAAGAGGCAUGCCUUCUUGCCUGUUAGAGAAAACCUUGACUUUAGCCAUUUGAGGCGGUGUAGUUCCCAGCGAUCAGGGGCACCCAACGACAAUUUUCGGAAAAAUAUCUGUUCGGAAGACGAUUUGAGAUCUAGAAUUUUCGGAACAUUUGUUGUAAAAUUUCUUGCUUGCCUGCUACUCCUAGGAUUUUCGAACAUCUAAAAAAUGGUAAAAUUGCCCAUUUUCAACGGAUUUUUACCCUAAAAAGGUCACCUAAAAUUUUUGGGAGCCUUUUUUCUGGCUGAAAUUUUCGAACAGGUAAGUUUUGAUCCCUAUAAUUUUCGGAUCACUAGACUUUCAUCUACGAAAUCCAAACAGAUGAAAAAUUUAUAGGGGAUAAAAAUAUGCCCAUAUCCACUGUUUAAAUACUAAAACACGUUUAACAAUGCUAUGUUUAAGUGGUUUUGAACUAUAUUCUCGUUGGGUGCCCCUGAGCGGUGACCAACCCAAUCUUUGUUUGACAUACUUUACUUCUUUGGGGGUAAACACUUUUUUCUCCCUCCUUUUUUGUGUUGCUAAUUUUCACAGUCAAUCGCUAAUGUGUUCUUGUGGUAUUUGCUGUUACUGUCAUGUUGAAAUAUAAAACGUUAACCCCCGGGCUUACUGUUAACAUGUUUUUAUUACUACGUGAGAAAAUUCUGCAAUUUGAAUGGCUUGGAGCAGUGGUAUUUCAGCUUAAUUUGAAAAAGCUACAUGUGAAAAUUACAAGCCUAUUGCGAGUAGCAGUAUAAACAAAUAAUAGCAUGAUUUGUACUAGAUAUUUGGCAUAAAUACCAUUCGUGAUAUUUCAAAAUUGUCUCAAAUUUCACUCGCCUAACGGCUUGUGGAAUUACGUUUAACAAUUUCGAAAUAUCACUCGUGGCAUUUAUGCCAAAUAUCACGACAAAUCAUGCUUUUACCUGUACUAAUAUAAAUGUAAAGAUCGUGCGUCUUGUUGUCCUCUUAUCCAAGACAUUAAUUUUUAGAUUAAAAGUUAAAGGGGCUGUGUCACGGCAGUACAGUACAUUUUGUUUAAUUUUGCCAAUUACUCGCCCUCAAUCGCUAUGGAACUUAAAGUAAGGAAAGAAAUUACAUGUAAAUGACAAAAUCAGAGAUCCAAGAGAAACAAAUAUGUUUCCUGACCAUUAUUUUUUAAGUUGCAAGCAGCAGGGAUCAACUUUGAAAAACUGUUAGGCUGAACAGUUUUCAGUCUUCUUCAGUUUUGCCAUCUGUGGCAUCAGUUGUUUAUGUUAUGUUAUUUAACCUUCCUUUAAAGUUUUAAGCGGUUAUUUUUAUGUUUUAUGUUUUUUUACGUUUAACCGGCCUGCUGUAAUUUUCUAAUAUGGCUGAAUUUCGAGACACAGCUUCUUUAAGAAAUCAAAAAAACUCUCUAAAAGUUUUGAUAAGUGUUAUCCUUACCUCCCGAAACACUCUUAGGGUAUAUAAAAAGGAAGCAACAAAAGACUCCAAGAACAAUGGACUUAGAUAGCCAACCCAUUCUGGACUAGGGCAUCAUUGCGGCAGUCUCCUCCAAACAGCGUAGAUGGUGUUUAAGUCCAAGAUAGAAUGAAAGCACGACGCAUUCAAGCAAAGAAGUCAUGAUCAGGUUGCUUACAAUUACACGUCACAAAUCAGUUAUAAUAAGCUGAUUUAGCAACAGAACGGGAACGUCUGUUGACGACUGCGCGCGCAAAUCAAACAACUGCAUUGACCAAUGGCAGAGCGGCAAAUUGGGUACCGGAAGUCGAGUUUAGUCCUUUCCGCGCGCUUACCCGUCGUCAAAUGACGUUCCCGUUCUGUUGCUAAAUCAGAACGACAGUAAUCCAUUGCGCACGCGCCAUGACUCCAUCUUACUUUAAAAAAGCAAUUAAGGCCUUCAUUGAUUUAUUUAAUUCUAUUCUUAAAUGAUCAGGUGUCAAAAACACACGAGCGUUUAAUUGAGCCUAAAUGAAGUAGAACCUAAAUGUGGAAUUACGCAGAAAUGCAUACUGCUGAUGAAUAGUCAGGACAUAUUUCUGAGCAUUAAUUUGCAAUUUGCAGAUUGCCCUCAUCCAAUUUUUUGAAGCUAUUUUAUAAACUGGUCAACAUUUUCAUUCUAGUAUACAAGUACGUGAAAAGACUUACGUUGCACUUUCAGAACAAAAUAUCAAAUCCAACUCACCCUGCGGUGUUUUUGGGGUUUAUUCCUGACCGGUGUUUACGGAGAGUGCGCUUAGACUAACUUUUAAACAAAGUCGAACAACUUUCAAACAACUCUCAAACUUAUUUUUUCAUACCGGCAUUGCCCAUAUGGCCCGGAGUCCAUACUCGGCAGAUACGUGGAUAUGAGUCUGGAGAAAUAAGGGGGUGUAGACCCUGUGUGAGAUUGAGGUCUUUUGAGACGGUAAGUAAAAUAGUACUUUUUGUUAGCUUACUUUCACCAACAACGACCUCCUCCUCAUACGGGGUCAACACCCCUUUUGGCUUUUUUUUCGGUGUUGCGGAGACUAUUGCUGUUUAGCUGUUAUUUUUUAAUGUGGAUAUCUUUCUUUGGCUUUUUCAAUCUUUUGCCCAUUUUUCUCCAAGUGCUUAUACACGUCUCUGUCUCUGCUUCUGCCUCUCAAAGGGUUGGAAUUUGGCUUUCGAACUCUUUUCACGCCCCAUGUAAGAGAAUCCAAGAAACUCUCGGAUUUUGGAUUCAACUCCGUUUACUCCGGAUUCCAUGUACUUGAUUCCAGUCUUUGUCAGUGGAAAUGUAUGCCUCAAUGGGAUUCCGUAUUUCUUGCGCUGUAUUCCAGAUUCCAAAGCCCAGGAUUCCGGAUUGCGCAAGCAACAAUUCCCCGGUUUCAGGAAUCCGAAUUCCUUAAAUUCCUGUUCUAAAACAAGAACGUUUAUUAAACAUGUUUAUCGUCUUAAACGAAAUGUUUAUCGUUUGCAUUAAAGAUCGAAAUUUCAAUAGUUUUGCAUCUAACACGAUAAAACUGUCAGUUAAUGAAACAAAAUGGAGUAGUUUGCCAGCCAGGACCCGCGCUCUUAUUCUUUAUAUUUCGAUUUGAAUAAGUAAAGUUACCGGGCGAGAAACGGGGGGCCCGUCUGCUUUGACGGGGUCUGGUGACGAUGAGGAGGGAGACGAUAAGAAUGGACACAAAGAGGACUUUACUCCUUUCGAGGAAUUAAGAAGGAAGAACACAAAUUGUGUGGAAAUGAAAAAGGAAUUUGUUCCUUCGGGAAGGAGGGCGGCUCGUGGGAGAAUGGCGGAGGCGGGGAAAGCGGAAGCAGAAGUAGAGAUCACUUCGUUUCAUAUGACGAGGAAAAGAACAACGUGGAAAAAGCGGCGAUGA